GGGCAUCAUCCCCCACACAAAAAAGAAAAGGUGGUGGCAAAAAAGUUCUUUUUGUACACACUUGCAAUGAUGGUGAAUUUUGGUGAUGAUGAAUUGAUGCCUGCUGCCUGCAAUCUCCUACACCUUCACCUCCCUUUCCUUUUCUUUUCCCUCUCUCUUUACUCAACUCACUUCUCUUCUUCUUCCUUUCCUUUCUACCCAUGCCUACUCUUCUUCUUCUUCUUCUUUUUCUUCACUGUGUUGUUUUCAUGCAAUUAUAGUGCCAUUCCAUGAAACAUAUUCCUUUCAAUUAUUAUUCUCUAAAGUAACUAAAUUGACACUUUACUAGUCGUUCCUCAAUGGAUGACAACAAUUGCGGCUGUUGGGCUGUCUUGAAGCGCGGCGUUUGCAAGUCCUCUGCUUCUCGUGACUCUGCUAACACCAUUCCUCGUACUAGUCUCGUUUAUGACACUGCUACUGAGACAAGAUAUCUAAAUGCAAGUAACAGAGAGUUGUAUCCUCCAAAUGAAGCUCAUCUUUCAUCUGAUAACCCUGAUCCACCACCAUCAGAUAACAAAUCUCCAUGCCAGCUUCUCCAAUUUACUUUUCAGGAGCUAAAAUCUGCUACAGGUAACUUUAGACCUGACAGCAUACUUGGGGAAGGUGGUUUUGGCUAUGUCUUCAAGGGGUGGAUAGAGGAAAAUGGUACAGCUCCGGCGAAACCCGGUUCGGGGAUCACCGUCGCGGUCAAGAGUUUGAAACCAGAUGGUCUUCAAGGCCAUAGAGAAUGGGUGGCUGAGGUUGAUUUCCUUGGACAACUUCAUCAUCCUAACCUUGUUAAACUUAUUGGUUACUGCAUCGAAGAUGAUCAACGGCUUCUUGUAUAUGAAUUUAUGACCCGAGGAAGCCUUGAAAACCAUCUUUUUAGAAGGACAAUACCUCUUCCAUGGUCCAAUAGAAUUAAGAUUGCACUUGGGGCAGCAAAAGGUUUGGCCUUUCUCCAUGGUGGUCCAGAACCAGUCAUUUAUAGAGAUUUUAAAACAUCCAACAUUUUACUCGAUUCGGAGUAUAAUUCAAAGUUAUCGGAUUUUGGUUUAGCAAAAGCUGGUCCUCAAGGAGAUAAAACACAUGUUUCUACUAGGGUUGUUGGAACCUAUGGCUAUGCUGCACCAGAGUAUGUUAUGACAGGACACUUGACAUCUAAGAGCGAUGUCUACAGCUUUGGUGUUGUGUUACUUGAGAUUUUGACAGGCCGAAGAUCAAUGGACAAGAAACGGCCUAGUGGGGAGCAGAAUCUGGUUACUUGGGCUCGACCAUAUUUAGCUGACAAGAGAAAACUUUACCAACUGGUGGAUCCCCGCUUGGAGCUGAAUUAUUCUCUAAAAGGAGUGCAGAAAGUUUCUCAAUUAGCUCACAACUGCCUCCACCGGGACCCAAAAUCCCGUCCUACAAUGGAUGAAGUAGUGAAAGUUCUCACUCCGUUGCAAGACCUUAAUGAUCUCGCCAUCUUAUCCUACCACUCUCGUCUAUCUCAACAAGGGAGGCGAAAGAAGAAACCAGAGGGAUCUCAGCAACUCUCCAACACUCAAUCUAAAAGCAUCAGAGGUUCUCCUUUGAAUACUGGCAAACAGAGGUGUAGAUGAUCUGUAACCGACUCCUGCCAUCAUUGGCUCAGCUAUCAAAUGAAAACAGAUGUUGGGAUGCCAUGGUCGCAUUUUCGAUUGUGUGAAGACAUAUAUGUCAGGCUUGGUUGUGCAAUUUCAGGGAGUUUGAAAAAUUUGGUAGAGGUAAAACCAAUUUAUUACACUAGAGAGCUAACCAUCCCCACUGUUGUAAUUGAGGAGUAUCUCUUGUAAUUAGAUCAAACCUCCCAUUUCAAUGACUGGUAUUUGCAGCUACCCGAAUGUCUAAUUUCUUAUUGAGUUUUGGAACUUGCAGUAUGUUUCUCCAUUGACACUUGUACGAUUUUGCUUCAAAUCCACAUACUCUUCAGUAUAUGUAAAUGAGAAUGCUAAAAGAUGGGAAAGUUUUGUUUUAGUGAACAAACAAGAUGGUUAUUUA